AUGUUAGAUGGGCGAAUCACGGAUCGAGUUGAGGCUGAGGCUCUGUCCUAUCGUCGAAACUACAUCGACAUCUACUCAGGAAGCUGGGGUCCCGAUGACACGGGUGUUAUCUACGAGGGCCCCGGAACGUUGGCCUCUGAGGCCUUCCAAGUGGGCGCUACCAAGGUUAGCUUAUUACUAUUUUUAUAA